AAGCGUAAAAAUAUCAACAGUGACUUAACCGUAGUUUCAUCGUGGAGACAAUUCUUAAGAUUACGAUAUCGUCAUGCUGUUGUAACGUCAUUGUUUCCUCAUACAAUUGUUCCGGGGCAGAUGCCGGAACGACACGUAUAUAGUGAAUAUGGUGAUAUGGGGACCGGCAGUGCAAGAUGGCAUCUAAGAUUGUUUUGCUGGUUUUCGUGGCUGGUGCCUGUGUGAGAGGAGAUUAUAGGAGCGAUGGUGGAUUUUUACCAAGUCCAAGUUACCAAAGAACGGAAGAUCAGCUAGCGGAGCCGUCUGCCAGAAGUGAUAAGGGUAGAGACGACAACAAUGAUCACGGGGAUAGGACACAGAGAUUCGGGAUAUCUUCAUACGGAACUACCGGUCCAUACGGAGGAUCAGCUCCAGGAAUCUACGGGCCGUUAAAAAUAGACCUCGGAGGGGUUCUCCUGGGUUCUAUAUUAGGCUUUGGUGCUGUAAUAGUUUUACCCAAGAUUAUACAUGCUUUCUCGUAUGGAUAUGGCGGCUAUGGUCGAAGCGCUGAAAGCGACUUUGGUCAGUUAUCUGAUUUGCUGGGACAUUUUGACCAGACACUUGGUAGAUAUAACGUGGACUCGGCAUCUUGUAUGCAGCGUCUUGCGUGUUCUUAUGUGCAAUUGGCAAAUGAAAAUAUGGUCACUGGUAAUGGAACCGAUUUCGAUACCAUGCUGGCUUCUGUUGCUAAUAAUUCACUGCUUCACCGCAUGCUGGAAGGCACCUCUAUUUACGAAGCGAUGUCAGCCGGUCGUUCUUUGGAAACAGACUGCCACCAGCGUUAUUCUAAAUGUAGACUUGAUAAGAACACUGUCGUCAAAAUCAUCACGCAAAUGAUACCAACCUAG